GAGUCGUCCACGGCAAGAUGGCGGCCUCCACUGUUAGCAGCAAAGGGUCUGAAUUAUCCAAAGCGGAGUAUCUUAAACGCUAUUUAACGGCAGAUGAUGACGCUAAGAAGCCAAAGGGGAAAAAGAAGCGGCGUAAGGUUACCGGAAAAGGGCUUAAGAUUGUCGAUGAUGACAUAGACUGGAGGCAGACGGUCACGGUAGAAGACCAUGGCGCAGAAGAGGACGACGAGGAAGCGCCGGUGAUAGCUGAAGUGAUUGAUGACCGCCCUGAGGAUGUGAGGCACAUGGAAAUUUUCAGAAGCAGCUCCAGGUGGAAAGUCAUUGGAGAUGAUGAAAAUAAAGAGGAUGACGCCCAGUCAGAAGAUUUGCCUGAGCAGACAUCUAACAGAAAGACCAGACACGACUCUCCAGAUAGUUCUCCUCCGAGGAGAGCACGCCAUGACUCUCCAGAUGUCUCGCCACCUAGGAGGAGACGCCACGAUUCUCCGGAUAUGUCACCUCCCAGGAAGAAACGCAAUGAUUCUCCGGAUAUUUCACCUCCCAGGAAGAAACGCCAUGAUUCUCCGGAUAUGUCACCUCCCAGGAAGAAACGCCAUGAUUCUCCGGAUAUUUCACCUCCCAGGAAGAAACGCCAUGAUUCUCCGGAUAUUUCACCUCCCAGGAAGAAACGCCAUGAUUUGCCGGACUUUUCUCCUCCCAGGCGACAUGCGGGCAAGUCAGGAAAGAUGCAAAGUAAAGAUUCAUCCCCUGUGAGUCGAAAGCACACCUCUGCAACAAGUCACAGCCGUUCAUUGGUGCGCCAUCAUUCACCAGGAAGUAAGAAACCUCCAGGGAGGCGGGACUCAGACUCGGACCAGUCGCCACCAAGAAGGAGGACGCAAAAGGGACGGGCUUCCGACUCGGACCAGUCUCCACCCAGGCAGCGGGCACACGGUGGGAAAGCGUCGGAUGACGACCUGUCACCUCCUCGUCGUCCUGGUCAGGCUGAGGGUAGCAGGAUGCUUUCUGGUGGAAAAGCAGGUCUGAUUUCCUCAGAUGUUCUUCGAAAAGAAAAGGAGGAAGAACGCCGCAGGGACGGAAACAACCAGGAGCUGGAAAAUGUGUCCCGCCACGCUCAGACGGUGUUUCGAGACAAGAGUGGAAAAAAGAGGGACUUGGAAUCAGAACGGGAAGAACAGAAGAGGAAAGCUGGAGAAAAAGCAGCGAAAGAUGAGAAAUACGCUCAGUGGGGGAAAGGGCUGGCGCAGGGACAGAUGCAGCAGCAGAGGCUGGAGGACGCGCUGCAAGAAGCCCAGAAGCCACUGGCGCGUAACUACGACGACGAGGAUCUGGACCGCAUGCUGAGGGAGCAGGAAAGAGAGGGCGAUCCCAUGGCGGCCAUGUUGAGACGGAAGAAGGAGCGCAAGACUCACGGGGUUAAAGAUAAGCCUCAGUAUAAAGGACCGCUGCCACCUCCUAACAGGUUCAAUAUUCUACCAGGAUAUCGCUGGGACGGCGUCAACAGGUCAAAUGGUUUUGAGCAGAAGCGCUACACGAGGAUCGCGGAUAAAAAAGCUGUCCAGGAGGAAGCUUACAAAUGGAGUGUGGAGGACAUGUAGAGACCUGUUUUGUCCUUUUCUUUUUUUAACAAAUCCAAAGCAAGACUUAUUAGAUUUGGACCAACUGGAGAUACAAAAAAAUAUGUAAUAUGUACAUAGCAGUGAUGUGAGUAUUUUAAUUGUUUUGUAAAUGCAUACACGAUCUGGAGAUAUUUUCACUUUUUUUCUUUCUAAUUAAAUGAUUUGACUUCGUA